AGAAAUCAAUAUUUUCAGCUAAAGAGUAAAUAACCCUUCAAAUAGACGAUGACGAAACUCUUGUAGGACUCUUGUAGAUUUGUGUGCCAGUAAUGAAGGUUUAAUGUGUUCAUCACAGCUGUUAGAGAAGGAUGGAUUCUGUCAUGGGACUCAUGACUGAGACACCAGUUGGCGGAGCUCAAACCAAUGAAGGGGCAGAUGAUGGAGGCGGGGUCAGACAUCGAGUCAGUCAUGUUGAAAUGAAACUGGUCCCGCUGGAGUCAGAGGACGGAUCACAGGCACCUUUAAACAGUGAUGUUACAGCACUGAGGAUCCGUCAGCAGAUGGACCGCAGGAAAGCAGUGUUCUACUUCAUUCUCAUCGGCCUGUUUAUAUUCAGCACAGCGUUCCUGCUGGGUUACGUGACGUUCCGUGGAAUGUGCCGGAAAUGCAGGGAAGAGGGAGAUCUGAUUCCUCUGAGUGACACCACUGGAUCGGAUCACGUGCCCGAGGAGACGGUGAUGUACAUGUCAGAGCUGAGGGAGAUGCUGAAGAAAUAUCUGAUCGAGGACAAAAUAGAGAACACACUCAGGCGAGUGAGCAGGACGUCUCAUCCUCCAGGGUCCUCUGAAGGAAACGCUAUAGCGAGAGAAAUAUUGCAGAAUCUUCAGAAGCUCCGUAUGGACCACACCUGGACAGACUCGCAUUACGCCACUCUCCAGUUUCCCUCCAGGACACAGAAGAACACUCUCUGGUUGGUGGAUUCUGAGGGGGAGGAGCUAGAGGAGAUUUCUUUAGACAAUGAUGGUUACUGCGCCUACAGUGCCACAGGAACAGCCACAGGAGGGGUCGUGUACGUGAACUACGCCCGGCGCGAGGACUUCGAUCAGCUGCGAGCUCUUGGUGUCUCCGUCAAUGGCUCCAUCGCCAUAGCGAGGGUGGGAGGGGGCGUGAGCUUUGCUGAAAAAGUGUGGUACGCCCAGCAGGCGGGGCACGUGGGUGUUCUCAUUUACCCCGACCCUGCGGAUGUCCCUCAGGAUCCACGACGACUUGGACUCCAUAGCAACGCUGUCAUCUCCGAACAUGUGCGUCACGUUACGUUCACACGCCGCCGUGUUCAUUUUCACUUGGAGUCAUUGUGUUUUUUCCCGUCACUACAGGUGCAUCUGGGAUCUGGCGAUCCGUUCACACCUGGAUUUCCUUCCUUUAACCACACCCAGUUCCCAUCCACCCAAUCCUCUGGUCUGCCAAUCAUUUUAGCUCAGCCAAUCAGCGCAAACGUUGCUUCCAAACUGUUAAGUCAGUUAUCAGGUGUGGAUUGCCCGCGCGGAUGGCAGGGCCGUUUGCCGUACGUUCAGUGUGUGUUGGGUCCGGGCUUCACAGGGCCGGGUGGGCGCAGGGUAAAGAUGGGCAUAUUUAACACCAUGAAACCGGUGCUGCUCAACAACAUCUUCGCUUCUAUAGAAGGCAAACUGGAACCUGAUCAUUAUAUCAUCAUAGGAGCUCAGAGGGAUUCUUGGGGUCCAGGAGCUGUAAAGUCUGGAGUGGGCACAGCAAUCCUGAUGGAACUAGCUAGAACAUUCAGUACAAUGGUGGAGAAUGGGUUUUCUCCCAGACGCAGUCUGCUUUUUGUCAGCUGGGAUGGAGGAGAGUUUGGCAAUGUUGGCGCCACCGAGUGGUUGGAGGGUUAUUUGACCAUGCUGCAUCUGAAAGCUGUGGCGUAUUUCAGUCUGGAUCAAGCCAUCCUGGGUGAUGAUAAUCUUUCUGUCUACACGAGUCCUCUGUUAGCUAAUCUCAUCGAAGGGACCAUUAAACAAGUCGAACAUCCCAAACACACGGGUCAGUCCAUUCUCUCUCUUGUCCAGCGUCAGGGAGGCUGGAGAAACAUAGUGAAGCCGUUGUAUUUGAACAGCGGUGCUUACAGCUUUACAGCGUUUGGAGGAGUUCCUGCGAUGCAGCUGCAUUUCACCGAGGAUGCUCGUGUGUAUCCGUUUGUCAACACUCGUCUGGACAGUGUGGGUCGUCUGCAGGAGCUUCUGCAGGGUCGUCUGUGCGCUGUGGGUCGAGCUGUAGCUGAACUCGUAGGCCUGAUGGCUCUCAAACUGUCACAUGAUCACAUUCUUCCACUGGACGUCACCUGCUACAGCAGUGCAGCUCAACAACUGAGCUCUAGACUGAGUAUACACACUACCCAACUGCAGUCGAGGGGUUUGUCUCCUCAGUGGAUUUUCAGUGCGAGAGGAGAUUACAGCCGCGCAGCUAAAAGUCUUCUGGAUGCUAUAAAGAACAGUGAUGUUCAGGACGAGAGACUGGCCAGACUCUACAACACACGCAUCAUGAGGGUGGAAUAUUACUUCCUGUCCCAGUACAUGUCAGUGGUGGAGACGCCGUUCCGUCACGUGUUUCACGGGCGUGGCGAUCACACACUGAGCGCGCUGGCCGAGCAUCUGUCUCUCCUGCGCUCUGAGCCGCAUCUAUUCGACGAGGUCUUGUUCAAACGCCAGCUGGCUCUCUUUACCUGGACACUGCAGGGUGCCGCUAACGCUCUCAGCGGUGAUGUGUGGAACAUAGACAACCCUCUCUAGUGCUCCAGAACCACACAGACUCCUUAUCAAACCGUUCCUUUAUCCAGCCCAACAUCAGUCGACCGGUUAAACCCUGGAUAACUGUAGAGCGUCAGUGUUGAAGGUCAGGAUAAAUCAAGUCUGUUUACAUUCAGACCUCCACGCUCUCCUAACCAGGCACAAAAUAUCAAGCCAAUUAUUUCAUCACAACACAGUAGUUUCAUGAUACUCGUUGUGUGUUUUAUUUGAGACACCGUCUCAACCCUUCAGAUGAAAUGAUGCUCAAGACACAAAGGUUAGGGUUGAAUCGGUUUGUGAUUCACAAGAGAAGCGUGCAUGUGUUUAUACUGCUGCAGUUUCUGUCUGUAAACCAACAUGAAUCUUAUAGGAAGAGGCUGUGUGUUAUAUUUGAGGAGAAUGUGAGCAAUUCUUCUAGCUGAGCAAACUCAAUUUCAUUCAUCAUUGCAUUUAUAAAUAUAUGUCACGAUAAAGUCUGGUCAAAUACGAAGAGAUCUCAUGAAUUGCAGGUUAGUUAUAGAUGGGGAGACAAAUUUCAAUGAGCUAUUUUUUUACAUGCUUGCAGAGAAUGGUUUACCAAAACUAAGUUACUGGGUUGAUCUUUUUCACAUUUUCUAGGUUGAUAGAAGCACUGGGGACUCAAUUAUAGCACUUAAACAUGGAAAAGACACAUUUUCAUGAUAUGUCCCCUUUAAUAUGUCCUCGAGUUACAACACACUGAGGCAGAUAUCAAACAAGCAUGUACAACAGAUAUUAUAUUUUCAUAUUUUUGAUGAAUAAUUGCGCUUUCAACAGAUUCUGUCAUUUAAAUUUUUUAGUAAACAUUUGUGUCACGCCUGGUUAGGAAGUGUGCGUUUGAGUUAUUCGAUUUUUUCACAUCUGAUGAUGUAAAGUGCACUGAACGUCUCUUCAUUCGUUGUUAAUUGACUGUUAUAAUUGAGACUUGAUUGUUUUUUUUUGUUUAGUGAUUAUUGAGAGUUUGUUAAUGUGAGCAGUGAUUCUUAUAAUUAUGAUCCAAUCAGAAAGCAGCAUCUGCUAUCAAUCUGCUCUAUGACAUCAUAGAAGAUGAUGUCAGGUCAGGUCAGUGAUGUCAUCAAGCUACCUGCUAAAUGUUUAAAAUGUUGAUGGAUGUUUAUGUGAUAUUUAUUGUGCAUUUUAAUAAAACAAAAGACUAAAAAAAG